UCGGGACACCAGAUCGGAACACCAGGAGUUUUGUAAAGCGGGACAUCUUCAUGCAUUCCAACAUACAUCAAGAGAUUGUUAGUUUGCGUUCGAGGAUUCGCGAGCUACAAUGGGAGUUGGCUUAUGUCAAGAGAUCCAGUCUUAAUCUACCACCUAUACCAGAGAAGGAUAAACCAAAGCCUCAGAGCAACAAUGCGGUACCCUCGCAAGUACAGGCAUUAGAAAAAGAACUCCGGGCGAUAAAGAAACAAUUACAAGAGGCCGAAAAUCGCAAUGCGUAUCUGUCUGCCAUUGUCGAUGAACAGAAAAGAAAACUGGAACGUUAUGAACGUAAUCGUGAACGUGCACGUGAAAGAGGUUUCCUACCGAAUCCCGAACUGCUUCGUAAACUGGACGAAGCCGAAUCGUUCAUCCGGCGUCUUCGUCGCGAUAACUCCGAUCUCCGCAAAGAGAACUCCAGCGUUAUGGUGGCAAACCAUCAACGUGAUUACCGAAACAAUGGCACACGCCGUCGUUGUGGCAUGCCUGUUGUUGGUGGUGCCAGUUCUUUAGGUGAUACUUCAAAUCUGUACAGCACUGGUCCAGCUGGUGUUCAUUGGCAGUUAUGCCGCCCGAGUUGGUUUCCGAUGCAUGUGCACAACUACUGGCAGCAGUAUAGCCGCCCACAGGCAUCCCACUUAUACAGUCUUCCGCAAUUGUCGGGCGUUGGCUACCCGCAACAGGGAGUGAUGGUAGCCAGGCGUGGCAUUCAUUCGGCUAGUGCUGGGACCAGUGGAACAGGUAACAACGCCUGUGGCGGUGGUGGUGGUAGCAACAAUCAAUAUCCAAACAAUCUGAAUGGCGAGCGUAAAUAUUGGGGUAACCAACCAAGCCAGGGACAAAAAUAAAGAAAAUAAGACUUUAUAAAAUAAGAAUUUUAGUUUUAAUUUAGAAAUAAUUUGAAUAUAUUGUUAGGUUAGGUUUUUUUUAAUGAUAGCAAGGACCUGUAAACGCAUUGUUCAAAGGAAAGUAGAAUAAUAAUU